AUAAAAUUUAUAAAAUGAAUGUGUGUUGGUAAUCGGCAUCUGACGAAUUGAUUCGAUAAUUUCAGAUCCUAACCAAGUGAAUUAAAGUUAAAAAAAUAUUUGUCUUGAGUUUAAACUCAGAAUCAUGGCAUCGUUGACGAGUAUCAGAGUAAUCGCCCGAAACUCUAGUUUUAAAAAAUUAUCCAACUUUGUUUGCGGGAAAAGAAUCGGAGCUAUUGCUGUAACACGAGCGCAGAGGUUCCAUGUUAAAGCAAAUGGUUCCAAGUUCAUUACACCGAUCUAUUCUCAGGGGCCACGAGUCGAGCAGACACGAUGCUACAGCGGUAAACCACCUUUGACACUCAAUGUCAUUCGUGAAAGAGUACUCUUGAUCCUUAAACUUUAUGACAAAAUUGAUCCAUCAAAGCUCACUUUGGACUCGCACUUCAUGAACGAUCUGGGUCUUGACUCUCUGGACCACGUCGAAGUGAUAAUGGCCAUCGAGGAUGACUUUGGUUUUGAAAUUCCCGACAUGGAUGCCGAGAAGUUGAUGAAACCCGGUGACAUCGUACGUUAUAUUGCAGAUAGAGAAGAUAUUUAUGAAUAGAUAAAAUAUCUGCUUCAUUAUCGAUUUAUUAUAUAAUUUUUAAGAUUUUCAAAUUACUUAGUACGUAUAUCAUCAUUGUUUUCAUUAUUAUUUUCUGUAAAUAGAAGUGAAAGGUUUCGCUGUACGAAUUUUUAAAUAAAUAUCGAUACUACGAAACAACCAUAA